AUGUGCAAAAAUAGCAAAAUGCUGUGGAGCGGUGAAAAGGACAAUGCUGUACAGAGGAAGGAAAUAGUCGCUAAGAAAAAGCAACUGAAAAGGCUUUACGACGCUUGCCACGUCGAAUUAAAGAAGAAAAAGCUCAGCAAGAAACAUAACAAAGACAAUAAAGACAAUAAGGAGAAGGAAAAAGAGAAAGAUGAUGAGACGAAACCCGUCCGAUUGUUGAAGAAGAGAAGUCGACUCAACGAGAAAAUCGAAGAGUCAAAUGAACGGAAGCGUACGGCUCCCAUUCAAACGAAGGUUUUACAAGAGGUCAGUGCAGCCUUAACAAGUUCGAAAUCAAACCGCAUUAAUACUGAAGGUCCCAGGAAGAAAAUGGAAGAUACGGUAACCCAGUAG